AAAACACUAACGUUUGUCUCAGUUGUCGUUAACGUACCAAUAUGACAGAGACCAAAGUAUAAUGCAAUUAGCAACAUUAUAUAGCUAAAUACAGUAAACGACAUUUAAUUUACGUAACGUUUGUUCGAUAAAUCAAACGUACGCAGUAAGAUCACUGGUAUUACCUAGUAAAUGUGUAUUUUAUUUUUAGUUUAGCUACAACUUAUAAGUGGCUAGAGUUUGCUCUCGUGAACGUUCGCUCAGUGUAAUUUUGCUAGCUAGCUAACUAACGUUAACUAGCUGUAUAAGGCUAGUUAAGUACAUAAUAAGCUGAAUUGAACUUGUAUAGAAGACGGAAAUAACUUGGCUUGAUCGUGCAGGUAGUGAUUGCUAUCGUCACUGAAGCGGCAAGAAUGGCAAUGUCAGGCGAUCUGCGUGGUGUGUCCGGUCCCAAGCCUCUCACCUCCCAGCGUUCCCUCCCUGGGAUCCCCGUCACCCUCAAACACUUCCCAGACCUGCGCACAUCCAUGGACGGGAAGUACAAGGAGAUCGCCGAGGAGCUGUUCACGCGCAGCCUGGCGGAGAGUGAGAUGCGCACCGCUCCCUAUGAGUUCCCCGAGGACAGCCCCAUCGAGCAGCUGGAGGAGCGCCGCCACCGCCUGGAGAGGCAGAUCAGCCAGGAUGUCAAACUGGAGCCUGAGAUCCUGCUGCGAGCCAAGCAGGACUUCAUGAAAAUUGACAGUGCUACAGACCUGGAGUUCAUGAAGGAGCAGAGCGAGAUGGCCCUGGAGCACUUCCCUAAGGACAGAGAUAUGGUUGUGGAGAGGGAGUACCAGCGUGUGUCCAUCUCAGGAGAGGAAAAGUGUGGGGUUCCCUUCACGGACCUGCUGGACGCAGCCAAGUGUGUGGUGAAGGCCCUGUUCAUCCGGGAGAAGUACAUGGCCGUGUCCAUGCAGAGCUUCUGCAAGACCACCGCCCGCUACCUGCAGGAGCUGGGGGAGAAGCCCCUGGAGCUCCGCGUGUACGACGAGAUCCCCGAGACGCCCGUGUCUGCAGACGCCCCUGUGCACCCCCCAGUUUCGGAGACGCACCCCUACGAGGGCCAGGACCCCAAGAACAUGCCUCCGGACACGGGCUAUGGGUGCAAGAUGGUGGACGGUGUGAUGCACGUGUACACCAAGAGGACCACCAUGGAAAAGAGCACAGAGCUGGACCUGCCCUACCCCGACCUGCAGGAGUACAUCGCGGACAUGAACGUCAUGAUGGCCCUCAUUAUCAACGGCCCCGUGAAGUCCUUCUGCUACCGGCGGCUGCAGUACCUGAGCUCCAAGUUCCAGAUGCACAUCCUGCUGAACGAGAUGAAGGAGCUGGCCGCUCAGAAGAAGGUCCCGCACCGCGACUUCUACAACAUCCGCAAGGUGGACACGCACAUCCACGCCUCCUCCUGCAUGAACCAGAAGCACCUGCUGCGCUUCAUCAAGCGGGCGAUGAAGAAGUACCCCGGUGAGAUCGUGCACAUAGAGAAGGGCAAGGGCCAGACGCUCAUGGAGGUGUUCGAGACCAUGAACCUGACCGCCUUCGACCUGAGCGUGGACACGCUGGACAUGCAUGCUGACCGUAACACCUUCCACCGCUUCGACAAGUUCAACGCCAAGUACAACCCCAUAGGGGAGUCCAUCCUGAGAGAGAUCUUCAUCAAGACCGACAACCACAUCGAGGGGAAGUACUUCGGCCACAUCAUCAAGGAGGUGAUGGAGGACCUGGAGGAGAGCAAGUACCAGAACGUGGAGCUGCGGCUGUCCAUCUACGGGCGGUCGCGGGACGAGUGGGACAAGCUGGCCCAGUGGGCGGUCAAGCACGGCGUGUACUCUGACAACGUGCGCUGGCUGAUCCAGGUGCCCCGCCUCUUCGAUGUCUACCACACCAAGAAGCAGCUGGCCAACUUCGAGGAGAUGCUGGAGAACGUCUUCCAGCCGCUGUUCGAGGUCACCAUCAACCCCCGCAGCCACCCCGACCUCCACCUCUUCCUCCAGCACGUGGUGGGUUUCGACAGUGUUGAUGACGAGUCCAAACCUGAACAGCACAUCUUCAACCUCGACAGCCCACUCCCGGUCAACUGGACCGAGGAGGACAACCCACCUUACUCCUACUACCUGUACUACAUGUACGCCAACAUGACCGUGCUCAACCACCUGCGCAGGAGGCGGGGCUUCAACACGCUGGUUCUCCGCCCUCAUUGUGGAGAGGCGGGGCCUAUCCAUCACCUGGUGUCUGGCUUCAUGCUGUCAGAGAACAUCUCCCACGGGCUGCUGCUGAGGAAGGCUCCAGUGCUGCAGUACCUGUACUACCUGGCCCAGAUUGGCAUCGCCAUGUCACCCCUGAGCAACAACAGCCUGUUCCUCAGCUACCACCGCAACCCCCUUCCAGAGUACCUGUCCCGCGGCCUCAUGGUCUCCCUGUCCACCGACGACCCCCUGCAGUUCCACUUCACCAAGGAGCCCCUGAUGGAGGAGUACAGCAUUGCUGCUCAGGUGUGGAAGCUCAGCUCCUGUGACAUGUGUGAGCUGGCCAGGAACAGUGUGCUCAUGAGCGGCUUCUCCCACAAGGCGAAGAACUACUGGCUGGGGCCCAAGUACAUCAAGGAGGGCCCCGAGAACAACGACAUCCGGCGCAGCAACGUGCCGGACAUCCGCGUGGCGUACCGCUACGAGACCAUGUGCGAGGAGCUCAACCUCAUCACCCAGGCCGUGCGGUCCGAGGAGCUGGAGACCAUCGAGGAGGAGGACACGCUGUCCAUGGCCCCCGUGCCAGGAGCGCAAUAAAGCCCCUCCUCCUCCUCCUCCCUCACCUCCUCCGUCCCGGAGCAGCACAGGGAGAAAGGAAAGGAGACCCCGCCACCCGCAAACCGCACCCCCACCCCACACCACACCCCACUCCCUCCUACUGAAUUGCUGAAUUGCGCACUCUCACCGUGUUCCUGUCCAAAAGCCCAGAGUCAUCCUCCCCAGACCAGUGGGCCAGUGUGGGCCAGUUUGAGCCAGUGUGGGCCAGUUUGGGCCAGUUUGGGCCAGUGUGGGCCGCCUGUGUGGCUCUGUCCAGGUUUGGCCGGGUUGAUGCUGAAUUCACUCAUUCCUUCGGUUCCUCUCCUUCUCUCUGCCAAGGAGGUCAUUGUAGACGUCUCCUUUCCCUUUCCUUCUGUCCUUUUUUUUCAGUCGCACUCCAUACCCCCUGCUUUCUUUUGGCCCCUCUCUCUGUUUUUUUCCCACAAUGCUUUUGUGUAAAUCUCCCGGCCAGUUGGUAAUGAGGCAAAGCUUCAAUACUCUAGUGUAUUUUAAAGUCUGUGUGGUAAAAGGGCUGUGGUGUUGAGGGCAGCCUAUUCUACUCCUCCUUUAACAGAAGCCACAAUGGUGUUUUUAUUUAAAUGUGUGUCAGAAGCCCCGCCCCCUCCACCCUAAGCCCCUCCCCCGUCAUGUGACCCAGCAUGUGAAAAUCCCUACCGUCUUGUGAAGAAUGCAGGCUCUCUGCCUGAGAAGCUACCAGAACGCACACACACGCACAUGAUAGGCCAUGUUCAUUCUGAUCUUUUUUAUUCAAAUGUUCUAGUGAUAUUGUGACAUCACUGCCCAUGUGAAAGACUAGUAUGCUGAAGUAUGCCUGAAGUACACUAUUUUAUACUUAAGAAUACUUGAAGUGUAAUGAAAGUUUUUUUUCACAUGGGUGUGGAGAUGUGACAUCACUGUGGAGAUGUGAGAGCAUUAUUCAGUAGAUGGCCUCUGCACAUGACAGGAAAACAAAGUAAUGCAACACAAAGAGUUCUCCGUCUCUGUCGUUCUGUUUGGACAGAAUGGCAGCGAGAAGCAUGUUCUCCGUUACUUCUGCUAGUUAUUCAUAUAUGUUCGUUGCACCACAUAGAUUGUGGGACCAAGCCAGAGGGGUCUACAUUCCAUGAUAUGAUUGCAUUGUGCAAAUGGUCUUUUAACUGCAUUUGAAAAUUGAUUUGGGACACACUGUAUGUUCAAGUAUUUAUAUAUUUAUUUCUAUAUAUAUGUGGUUCUUUGAAUAUUAGUUUGGUAGAUGUGUGUGGGAAAUGCCCUUUUACUGAGUGUGCAGUGGCGGUCCAUGUAGGUGAGGAGGCCCGUAGCCAUGAUAAGUCAAAGGCCUUCGCCAGUCCUCAGCCAUAUCACCAGUAAACAUGGAGUCCACCCUAGCCACGAGGCCACGCCCAUUACUUCAAACGCCAGCGUGUUCUGUGGAGAAACGGUACAGUCCUGUCCGGCAUGCCCCCCCCCCCCCCCUCCCCUUACGCCGUUUUAGCGUGCGAUUGACGUGUUUUUGAGACAGGAGGGGUGUGUUAUGGACCUCCUGUCGGUGAAGCCUAUUGGUGUUGCAUGCGCUGUCCAGUCCACACACCAGCCAGGAUCACUUGUGCCUUCUCCCUUUCGUUUCUUCAGCUCUUCAGGUGGGACUGCUCCACGCAUCAAUGCUGAGCUCAACCGCAUCAAAAAAACAAUGUAAUGCAGAAGUAGCUUCAUCCCCAGACUUCAAUGUCUUUUUUUCCAUUUGUUUGUUUCUCUUUUAAAUAAGUAUUGGGGCAAUGCACCAAAGUUUCAAGGAUCCUUAAUUGUCCUUGCUCUUUAGUUAAUUUAUUCAAGAGUAAUUAGCAGUUACAAUUUUAGCCCUACGACUCAUUUUUCAGUUGAGGAACACUGUUGUUUGAAGCCAGGUACUUCUGGUGCACGCUGGGUAAUGUAUUUUUUUUUUUUCGCACGGCAUUGAAACGCACCAGGUCUUGUAUCCGUGCUCAGCCACUGUAUCCGAGUGACUGUUUGUGCUGACUGCCCAGUGUCCCCGGUCAGAAACGCAGAACUGAAUCUGCUCUCUCUGAUUUGUGUCUUUCCAAAGCAAAUGACUUGCUUUGAGGCUUUCAGACCAAACGGAAACCCCCUCCUGUGCGCUGCUUGGCUUGUGCUGUGCUUCUGUAGUGCGCCUGCAGCGCUCCUCCACAUCGGCCGCCUCGCCCCGCUUUCCCGCUGAAAACUACGGCAACAACAGAGGGAUGAUGAACGCACUGUUUACAAAAGCAAUGUGAAGGAGCAGCGAGCGUGUGCGUGCAUGCGUGCGUGCGUGCAUGUGGCCAUUGCAUGCAUCGUGCUGCGCUUCUGCAUUUCGGGGGCUGCACCCACAAUGCCGCCCUGCAGCUUCCUCUCAGGGGAAGCUAACGGAAGCUAACGUAAGCUAGCUCAGCACCAGAGCGCGAGAGAGCGCCAGGCCCCGCCCUCCGGUCACGCCCACCACUUCUGCUGCUCUUCGGAGGAGCCUCUUCCUCGCCUCACGCUUCGCGGGACGGCCGUGUCACGCGUGAAACACGCUUUACAUGUGUCCACCCCUCCCAUUGACCUUCCGAUUGCCGUUCUUUUGAAGGACCUCCAUUUUGUGUUCAAAUUUGUUUAUGUUUUGACUUGUUUGUUUUAUACCUGCGUUUGUCACGGUUAGACAGCACUGUUGUUCUACGGUAAUUAUUUAUUAUCUUGUUAUCUUGUUUGCCACGCACAUCGGAUCUGCCUAUCCAUUUUGCAUUGAAGUCCUUAGAGUUCCACGUUUUUGUCGAUAUUUUACGUCGAACUACCUCCCCUUAAGAUGUAUUUCUAGGAGUAGAGGUGUCCGCGGCUGUAGAUUGCUGUUUUUUUAGCACCUAAUCAAUUCGUAGCUGUGGAGUAUGCUCUCCAUUCUAGUGUACUGUACACAAGACUAUUAUAGCCAACACCCGAUUCAAUUCAAAUUACACUUUUGUAACUUGCAGAGGCUGAUGUAUCGGCGUAGUUGUAGGUGGGGGAAAGAGGGGGUGUACUGUGAUGAAGAUUACAUGAUAACAAAAAAAAAGGUUAAUGAAUGAUAUUUACAUCAACAGUAACAUUAAGGGGGGCAAUGCCGUUAAAAUAAUUCCCCCUGAGCAAGGAACAUGAGAUAUGCGUUCAGAUGAAAAAAGUCUUCUGUGUGUAAACACAGAAAGAAAUGGACAGCAGAAGAAACGCAAGUGUAUUGUGGGUACUUGACUUCGACGGCACCGAGAAACUCUUCGGCUCUGGGCGUUCAGCCUCCAGAGAGCCGGUUUAGUUUGCAUAACUUAAAAAGUGUAUUUUUUUAAAAAGGUAUAGAGAUUAGUGAUUUAUAAAUCUAUAUCGAUGUCUAUAUUGUAUUGAAGAUUUUGGAUUUUGUUUUCAAUCAGUAGUUCUAGCUUGUGUUUAUGCAUAGCUUAAAUUAGGUACUAAGGCUGUUCCAGUGGCCUCCGUUCUAUUAUUAUAAUAAUAAUAAUUAUUAUUAUUGCCUAUAAUUUUGUCACAGAUAUAUUUUCAAAGUGGGCUGAAUGUUUGAUUUUUGCAUUUUUUGAAAAGAUGAUCUAUUAAGAGAAAGAUAUUCCCCUUUUGUGUGUUUGUCAUUUGGGUGCUGCGUGUACUUCUAACCCAUGUGGCUCCUCAAUAUUUCUCACAAAGUUUUUCUUAGUCGUGUUUAUCAGUGGUGUGUGUCCGUUUCACACCCUAUAAACAGCAACCUCCCAUCCCAAAACCUGGUUUCUUACAGCUGUGAUACAGCCCAGGUUAAAGAAGGAAUACUUUCAUCUUAUUUCAUGGUGUGCUGGUGUGUCCAGAUGUGUCAGUGUCCAGGCUUGUCAUUGGCCAAGCCAGACCCAUUUCCCACUAGCCUCCUCUUACUGUCCGUCUGCUGUUGCUGACUGUGUCACAGUCUUUGAUCAGGGCAAGCAGACGCACCAGCACAGUUCUGAUUGGCACUGCGCUACUGAGGAUUUUGUGAGAAAGUCCUUCUUCCCAAGUCUGUGAAUGUUGUCUACUUCCCUGACUGAACUCAGACUAAACCCAGACUAACCCCCAAACAAUGACUUGAAUGAAGGCCCCCAACAAACAAUAUAAUAUUACACUGUGAGCAUGUUUUGCUUUUUCGUUUGUUGAUCCUACCUGUAGUGUAGUUGUUUUUUUGUUAUUUGUGUUCGUAAUUAUACCACAGUGUGUUUACCUCCGAUGUUGGGGUUGGGUUUCUUUUUUCAGACAUGAUUGCGGUUUCAGCCAGACAGCUGUUGAAUUGGAAUACCAAUAUGAAGUUUCCAUGUCCUAGAUCUGUCAUUCUUUCAGAGCUAUACCUGUGACAGCUGUCUAUGGCUUUGUUUUUAUAUUUUAUUUGGUUUAUCUUAUUUAAUUUUUUUUCCACUGCCAUCUCAUCAGUUUUAAAUACACAGGAGGGUUCGCAAUGUUGUUGUGUUCUUUAUUGUAUCCCUCUAAACUCACUCUUCUUUUAUUUGAGUGUGUUGCCGUAUGUAUUACUCAUGUUCCUUCGCUGAGAGAAUUUGGGACCUUAUUUCUGUGGAGAGGGAGAGGGACGUAUGAGAGACUUUUGCCAGUAGCAAACCGUUUACUGGGCUGUAAACAGAGAGUCAGCAGGAGUGUGAUACCAUAUGAAGGGUUAAAACAAGCCCAUGUCAUUACACAAGUUUAAAAGCAGAAAGGAGACUCAGAUGGAAAAUGUCCCUUUACUGUGUUUGUGAUGAGCACCGAGCCCUUUUGCCUGUGUGACCAUUCCAAAUGGCCUUUAAACAUCCAGCGUUUUAUACCCUGUUGUUCACACUAAUGAGAGGCUCUGGCUGAUUGUACUUUGACAACCAGUCUGUGUUAUUGACUGGGGUAGGAUGGUUGGACUGAAGUCGCGUGAUGCAACUUGGAAUGCAGGGUAAUGCAUUCAAAUCCUUGACACUUUCUGUAAAACAUUAUUGUUAUGUACAAUAUUCAAUAUUCUGCUUCCCUUUUCAUCUCCACAGAAUAUCUCCAAACUUACACCUGUACUUUUUCUGACCAAAAACUAUGAAUGACGUGUAUUCUAAGCAUUGCGAAAUGAAGUAAUACUGAGCUGAUAAAACGAAAAUUCUAAAAUGAGAACUGGCGCACUGGCAAAUUAUCAAAUGCAUAAAUACAGAAUGUCACGAUAAAAUAUAAUUCAGCUGAUACAGAGGAAAGAUGUGUAGAUCCUCAUUGGUGUUAAAUAACAGUAGCAAUGCUUGACGUAUGUAGUUUUUAUGGUAACUAACAUCGCUAAAUAGGGGUCCUUUUUAUCUCAAGCCCUUUAAUAGUGGGCGGAACAUUAGGUCAUACUUUUCUUAUGUUGCCCUUGCAGUAGACUAGUUUCAGGUUCUCCUCAUCCUGCUAUAAAAAUCACUAAAUGUCAUAUUUACACCUCUGACACUGGAGCACUAGAGUCUGUGACUAUACUAGCAAUCAAACCGAUAGACGUGGUGUUUCUGCCUCAAGGGCAAGAAAGUUAGCUGCCAAAUUUUCACUUAGCUUUGUGAUUGCUUUGUAAUCUAAAUUCCUUUUUCUUUCCUACUGUAAAUUGGGUCAGUCUCCACUUAAAUGAGGAUUCGUGUUAACAUUUUUUAUUUGGUCAGUGCUUCACUUCUUUAUCUCUGUUUAUGUAUGACUUGCAUUGGGAUUUUUCAUUUUUUUCAUUUUUGUUUUUAUUUUUAUUUUUGCUCUACUGUAGUCUCCAGUCACCAGCUUUCAGUGAAUGCCAGUACAUUACCGUCUGUCAAAUGCUUCUGAGCUAGUGUGUGUAAUGUUUAAUAAAGAAAAAUAAAGCAUGUUUAUUCAUCUAA